AUUCCACAAGCUUCUAUGAAUUUGUUUCUCCACAAUUCAAGUGAAUAUACAUUUCAACUCCUAAAAUAGCUAUUUAAACGCCUAAUCAAAUUUCUUUUUUCCUUUCAAGAUUUGAAAAAAAUGAAGAUUAUUGCACUUUCCAGCGAGUAUAGUCUGUUCCUCGUGUCUUUGCUUACAUGCAAUGCUUCCAUAGCCAUACAAUUUCUCAUGGUUCUUGAGAGAGAGAGAGAAAAUGCAGUUUCAUUCCUCAAUUUUGUUGAGCCAUGUUCACCGCCAAACAGCCCCUAAAAUGGGGCAAGUCGAAGAACAGAGAUACGUGUGCAGAAUCUGCAGCAAACCCUGCGUUAGUGGGAAGUCUUUGGGAGGCCAUAUGAGGGCUCAUUUAGCUUCCAAGAAAUCAGCUGUGAAUCCCAACUGUGUGGAAGAAUUUGGAGAUAGUGAUGAGAGCAAACACGCCCUUACUGCAAAGACAACGAAUUCUUGCAGAGAAUGCGGCAAGGAAUUCGCCUCGUUGAGGGCUCUUUCGGGCCACAUGAGGUUCCAUUCGAUCAAGAACAAGAAGGACGUGCAUUCGUGCGAGGAAUGUGGCAGAGGAUUCGAAUCCAUGAGGGCCGUGUUUGGUCACAUGAAGAGCCAUUCUAUUAAGAAGGUGCCUAGUGUUGUUGAGAAUUUCUGCCCGGUUCGGAGGAAGAGAUCCGAGAUCAAGUACAAGGGCACUGUGAGUGCGAAUCCUUCGUUUUCGGGUGUGGAUGCUUCUCAUUGUGGUGCCUCUGAGGUUGAGGAGGCAGAGGAGGCUGCUAGGUGCUUGGUGAUGCUCUCUAGGGGUGUGGGAAGUUUCUCGAAGGUCGUCUUGGAUUCUGAUCACUCUGGAGGUGUUGUUGCAUCAAAUGUGUCUGAAUUUGAAAAUGGAAUGGAAGUUGAUGUUGUGUGUGAUGAGGGAUUCUUGAAAGAUGGUAUUGGAAGCAAUGGAUGUGAUGAUGAAUCUUGUGAAAAUGGAGCUGAUCUUGAAAUGGUGGAGGAGAAGCAUAGGGCUAUGAGCUCUGAUCGGGUUGAGAAAGAGAUGGGGUCGGGGGGAUCAGCUCGUGGCUCGUUGAGGGGAGCCGUGAGCAUGAGGCGGUGCAGCUCACUACUUGAGAUGGAUGCAGUGGCUAUGAUUUGGUGAAAUCUUUCCAAUUCUUGAUUGUUAGCUCUUUUGCAGAAUUGCACAUAUUCUUCACAUACAAUCAAUAAAACAGUGUUUUUUUGAUCAGUUUAUAUCAAUGUACAUUUGCAUUUAG